AAGAUUUUAUCAUAGUGUUAGGGUUUUGCUUUUCACCUUUUUCCUUUCUUUCUCAAAUCAGAGGUUCGAUUUCUACACUCUUUAUAUCAUCCAUUGAAGUUCUGAACUUUGCUUCAAUUGAUUGGGGCGACCUGUGAUUUGCGGUUGGUGGAUUGAGGCGGAUUGUAUCGGUGGGAAUCGGAAAUCGAUGAUCAGAAGCAUCACAUGGAACCUUCUCCAGUGCAGACCACUCCUUCCGUUGAAGAGGAUGAGUGGGACACUGAUGGAUUUGUAAUUCCAAGCUUGGGAAUUGAAGACCCAGAACAAAAUAGAACUGAUUCUCCAAGAGCAGAUGAUUCUAAGCCGUCCGAAGUUAAGGCAAGAAAAGAAGAGAACAUAUAUCUGGGACCCCACGGUGCUCCUCCAUCUCAAGCAAAACAGCAAGAGCAUAACUCUUCUAGCCGCAAGCAGAGGUUUAAGCAGAAACUUAAGGAAGCUGAUAGACGAUACAGUGGAACUGGGCGAGAGAAUAAGGUGGAUAAUUUAAGGGAGCUUGUGGGUGGCGGUAAAAUGCCCGUGAUUGCAUCGAAGAGUUCUCCUAGGGAAUGGCUUGAUCCUCAUUGUCAUGAGUCGCAAUUUGAGAGGAGGCACCUGCAUUAGGUUCUUAAGAUCUGUUCAAUAGUUUUCUUCUCCCUUUUUUUCUUUUCUCUUUUCUCUCUCGCUUCUUGCGUCUGUUGUUACUCCAAUAAGAUCUCAUCUCACUCGUACAUUUGAGUAACUUGAAAAUAUACACAGCUUCAAGUCUAUGUAUUUUGUCAAUAACAACUCUCUUGCAAUUAUCUGGAGCGCUGCUCUACAGUUUCUCGC